UCAAAAAACCAAAACAACGAAAAGAGCACUCGGCAGAGCAUGUGAAAUUUUGUUGAUUCCCUUGUGCUUCGUACCCUUUCGUUACUUCUCACUUUAUUUAAUUUUAUAAAACUGUAGUAUCUGAUCUAUCGUACUAAUUAUAACAACAAUUAUCAUUGGCACGAAAGUGUUGUGCAUAAAAAUGUUACGGAAAGUAGUUCUUAAUAGAGCUCCGUUCAGAUGUCUGUCAACAUUGGCCGUACCGGAAUCGACUACAACAGUCCCAUCCGAUAAAGAAAAUGACAUUCUCAAACAUCCGGACUACUUCGGGGUACACCGGCUGUUCACGGUGGAAGACUUGUUCAAGGCGAAAAUUCACCUUGGUCACAAGGAAGGCACGUUGAACAGUAACAUGAAAGGCUACCUAUUCGGUAGUCGACUAGGGCACUGCAUCAUUGAUCUGGACAAGACGGCGGAAUACUUGCGCCUGGCACUGAACGUCACGGCCCACGUUGCGUACCGUGGCGGAGUUAUCCUGUUCUUCAACCGGAAUGCCCAGACGGGACACAUUGUCGAGAAAGCUGCCAUGGAAUGUGGUGAAUAUUCGCACACACGGUUCUGGCGUGGCGGAGUAUUCACCAACUCGAACGUCCAGUUUGGAGCCGUUACGCGACUCCCGGAUUUGUGCAUUUUCCUCAACACCCAGAAUAACAUCCUGGAGAUGCACACGGCGGUGAAAGAUUCCGCCAAAAUGUCCAUACCGACGAUCGGAAUCGUCGACACCAACUGCAAUCCAAAUCUAAUCACGUAUCCGGUGCCCGGAAAUGACGACACUCCAUCGGCCAUCGAGCUGUACUGUAAGUUGUUCAAAAGUGCUAUUUUGCUGGGAAAAGACAAAAUGAAGGAAGAUGCACAGGAGAAAUGAAAGCAAGAUUGUGAAAAAUAGAAAAUGAUUGCACGUCUGCAGUCGAAAA